AUCUCCUACUCAGGAUGUGCUGCACAGCUAUUUUUACUAAUCUUCUUUCUUGCAACAGAGUUUUCACUCCUGACCGUCAUGUGUUACGACCGCUACGUGUCCAUCUGCAAACCCCUGCACUACGGGACCCUCCUGGGCAGCAGAGCUUGUGCCCACAUGGCAGCAGCUGCCUGGGCCAGUGGCUUUCUCAAUGCUCUUGUGCACACAGCCAAUACAUUUUCCCUGCCCCUGUGCCAGGACAAUGCCCUGGGCCAGUUCUUCUGUGAAAUCCCACAGAUCCUGAAACUCUCCUGUUCCAAAUCCUAUCUCAGGGAACUUGGACUUCUUGUGGUUACUAGCAGUUUAUCAUUUGGUUGUUUUGUGUUCAUUAUUUUCUCCUAUGUGCAGAUCUUCAGGGCUGUGCUGAGGAUCCCCUCUGAGCAGGGACGGCACAAAGCCUUUUCCACCUGCCUCCCUCACCUGGCUGUGGUCUCCCUGUUCAUCAGCACUGCAGCAUUUGCCUACCUGAAGCCCCCCUCAAUCUCCUCCAGAUCCCUGGAUGUGGCCCUGUCAGUUCUGUACUCAGUGGUGCCUCCAGCCCUAAACCCCCUCAUCUACAGCCUGAGGAACCAGGAGCUCAAGGGCUCCUAG